AGUAAUAACUGCAAAGCAUUUCGAACUCCGCCGCCAGCCGCCAGCCUCCGCCAGCGCUGCCUUCUCCCUCAGCAUACCACUUUACUUGCAAAAAUAAAGCAACUCACUGUUUGGUAUGUUUAUAGCCAGAUCAGUUGGGCAACUUUGGCAUCAACUUCAAUAAACAUAAACAGUUCAAUGAGUGUUGUUUUGCGCACCAGACCUCUUCGCGCUACCGUCUCGCAUGAAAAAAAUCAAAAAGUUUAACCUAAGUCGACUCGAUACACUUAACUGCGGUGACUUCUGUUGAGUCAAAACCACAUUACCUUCUUUUGAUUGCCAAAAAUAAAACAACAAAAUAUCAAAGACUCUAAGCCUAGCCUCCGCUACGCUCCGUCAUUUGUGUUUAGCUUUUCCGCGUUCGAAUAAGCAUUAACAGCAGCGCAGGCACACACCGAGAAAGGUCAAUGAAAUCUUGAAUCUUGAUCUUACCAAAGAAAAUGAAAGUGAACCUAAGUGUGAUAUGGGUGUGUUCAUUGAGUGUAGUAUUUUUGUGUAUUUUUGAAUUCGGAAGUACGGCAAAGACAUCUGUUGGCCGACCACCUACGUCAUCUACAACAGCAACAACGCCUGUCCAUCAUUCAAGAAGCAGCCGAAAGCAACCAAAAACCUCGAACAACGCUAACCCAACCGUGGGCAUAGUUAGACGAAAUAUCGGUUCAAGUAGAACUACUGGAGUCAGUAGGCCAUCAACACCAAAGCCAUCUCGAGAAGUCUCUGGUGGUUCAUUCCCAAAAUCUAUUCGACAACUGGAUAUUCCAACAGAACGCCGGAAGACAACAAAUCCAAAAAAAUACACAACCGAAGGAAAAUUAACAUUUCUUGAGAGUACCGUUGCAGGUCCGACAAAAGUAGAUUUUCCAAAGCCUACAUUUUCUAUUCCCGAAAAACGAUCAACUAAAAACUCAAGGAAUUCGAAUAAACUCGCAUGCCCACGUGAAAAUGAAGUAAAAUUUGAUUUAUUUCCACGAAAAUGUGAGAGAAAUAAAGAUUGCAAUUCAAGGACCUCCAAUGAGAUAUGUUGCAGCAUCUUUGGUGCUAAAAGUUGUGUUGGUGGUUUACCAAAACCUCUGGAAGAAUCUACACAUAGCCCUAUUUUUGGUAUUAUUCCUAGACACUGCCCACAAAGGCCAUUAGCAGAACUGUGGUGGGAAGUUAAGACAUGCGAAACAGAUAUGGACUGUUGGCCACGAGUGUGCUGUCCCGAUGGCCAAAGAAGAUAUUGCAGAUCAUCAAAGCCUGAAUUGGAUAUUGUUCCAGUUCCAGUGAAGAGAUCUAUUAACUAUCUAUCAGAGUAUUUAGAGUGUACUCCUGCACCACCGCCUAUUUUUGAUCUCCAUCCAAAGCCAUGUAAUUCAACAAUAGAUUGUUUUCCUAAUGUUUGCUGCCAAGAAGCUGGUAAAAAACAUUGUCGUCCGCCAAAGAAAUCUGUGUUAACUUUUAUGGCAAACUUUUUGAAUCUUGGUCUAGUUAAAAGGUUAACAAAAAAUCUAGUUAUUAAAUGAGUUCUUUGGAAUUUGUACUUUUCUAAAGACAAUGUGAUAAAAGUUUGUUUUGUAUAAAUUAAAAAUUAUUAUUAUUAUUAUAUAUUUGUUUUGUUAAAUAAAAUAUUUUAGUUCUUUUUUAUAUUUAA